AUGGCCAAUUAUGCGGACUAUUUGGCGCACUUCAAUUUUGAUGUUGUGUUCAAAUCUACGAAACAGAACGUUAAUGCAGAUUACUGCUCUCGAAUACCUCAACUACUUUCAAGAUGCGAGGUUAACAAAAUGUUUUGCUGUGAGGCUAGAGAUAUUGGCGAAGACGAACUCGAUGUUUUUGCUAUUCAUCAGGUCGAACAACUACCAAUUCGCGCCGAGCACAUCGCUCGUGAAACGCGCAAGGAUCCUAGCCUUGGUAAGAUCGUACAGCUGUUGGAAGCCGGCACCGAUCUAAUCCGAUCUGGCUACAAAUCACCAGAGUCGAAGUACACACUUGCAGCUAACUGUCUUUUGUUUGAGCACCGAGUAGUUGUACCGUCUGUUCUACGUUCGACAGUGUUAAACGAUCUUCACGUCGCACACAUUGGUAUGGUUAAAAUGAAAGGAAUCGCUCGUUCUUUUGUUUACUGGCCGGGUAUCGAUGUGGACAUAGAAACAACAGUGAAAUCUUGUUUCGUGUGUGCCCGACAAGCGCACGCUCCUCCGAAGUUCAGCGAACACCAUUGGCAAUAUCCCAAAGGCGCCUGGGAAAGGAUUCAUAUCGACUACGCUGGUCCGGUGGCAGGCUCAAUGCUGCUGAUUGUAGUCGACGCCUACAGUAAGUGGUUGGAGGUCAAGGUCACCACCUCUACCACUGCAGAAACAACUAUUGGAAUUAUGGACGAGCUGUUUUCCCGAUACGGAGCACCAAUCACAGUUGUAUCUGAUAACGGUCCUCAAUUUACGGCCGGCGAAUUCAAGCUGUUUUUGCAAAAAAGUGGAGUGAAGUUUCAUAAGCUGUCGGCCCCGUACCAUCCAGCAACAAAUGGUCAGGCCGAACGAUAUGUUCAAACGACGAAAGAUGCACUCAAGGCCAUGGGAACAACUGCAUCUAAUUUGCAAUCGAACCUGAAUAACUUCCUGCAGCAGUAUCGUUUGGCUCCACACGCAACCACCGGAGAAUCGCCUGCCAAGUUGUUUCUUGGUCGAACCCUCCGCACACGAUUAGAUCUUCUGAAGCCAGACAGCGUUCACCAGAAAGUUACGAUAAAACAACAAGCCAAUUUCGAGCGUACUUUUCGGCAAUUCUGUGUGGGUCAAUCAGUUUACUUUCUGUCUGGAAACUCUCGAAUGGACAAAUGGAUCCGUGGUGUAAUUGGGGAACGAAUAGGUGAUCUGCACUACGAAAUCGACUAUGCUGGGAAACGGUAUAAGCGUCACAUCGAUCAAAUUCGUUCGAGGCUCGAUGUAAACGGGCGACUAAUGGAUGAAGCACCAGGAGCUAAGAAGAUUAGCCAGCAAGACACGCCACGAGCAACGGUUGUGUUUUUCGACGAUGAUAGUACAGGUUCGAGAGAUCCAUCAACUCCUGUAAUUCCGAAAAAUUCAAGAAGUGUUCUAGCCGAACCAUCUUCUCCAGAAUUCCACACACCAACCGGUGGCCCGGUUCAUCAAGAGGCAAAUUCACCUCCUUUCACCUUACGUCGUUCGACAAGAUCUCGCCGCCCUCCCGUGAAGUACACACCGUAG